CUGUGAGCUGUCAACAUACGGCGAGAAAGUAGGCUCUGCUAGUGCAUUGUCUCAGAAACUUUCAAAAAAAAAUCCCAAAAUGUGUACUAAAAGACUAAAAAAUUUUUACUACAGUGUGGUUAUAUAGCACAUGAGUAAAGUGUGAAGAGAUUGGGGUGCAACACAAAGAUGCAUAGCGCGAGUUUUGACACAGAAAUCAGCCGGAGGGAUGGUGGCGAUGUGCUUGUGGCAAUCGCGGCCCUUGUGACGGAAGGGCGUAUUCCGGGAAAGCUGAGCAGCAAGACGAAGGGCUUCUACGAAGGGCCUCAUUGUCCUUUGAAUAAAGCGGCGAAGGAGCAUAAGUGCGACCUGACGGAUCUGCUGUGUUCAACUUACGAAAAUGUCCGUGGCGAAGUUUUAAAUUUAUGGAAGAAAAACAUUCCUGUCUGUCUAGAAGUACUCCUGACUUGUUCAUGCAAAAAUGACGUGACCACGAAAACAUCCGAAACCUGUGACGACGACUUCCUUUUGGAAAAAUGGUAUUUUAGCAUCAAUCAUCGAAGAAAUGCCGAACCGCUAUUUUUCAACUUUGUCCAACUGAUGAACGCAAUCCGGUCCCAGCUAUAUUUCUCUCAACUGACAGCCUGGUUAACAGUCCAAGACGAAGACAGUCCAAUCAAAAUCACCAACAAGAACAUCCGUUACCGUUUGACGCUGCCCGGAGAGACCUUCGAAUCGGCGAAUUUUUCUUCAUCGGCCGUAAAACACGACUUUCCUUUGACAGACAUCGGCAACGGUUUCACUGCCAUGGUUUCCUUCUUGAGUUUGCCGCGGAUGUCGACCUUGCCUGGUUUCAUGUGUCAGAAGUGCGCUCCGAAGCCUGUUACGAACAUCAACGAGAACAAAGAGGUGCAGAACGGGUUGGUGGAUGACCGCAUGCACACUGUGUGCACCCUGAAAGGGAAACAUCGAUGUGAAGAUUUCGAAGAAGUGGAGAAUGUCAAGAACAACAAGGCGGCUGCGUUCAAGAGGUUCUGUCAGAAUGGGAAAAAGGAGUAUCCAUCCACCUCAAGGCCAAGACUGACCGUCGACAUCCACAAGGCGAACUCCUUCACUCUCCACGAAUGGCCCCGAAAUUUCCACCAGACGCAAGCCGAAAAGAACCUCUUAAAUAGCCAUAAAAAUGAUCUCACUGUGGUGCAGGACAAAGGCAAGCUCUUGCUCGACGCGAUCGAGCGGAGCGGCCUCAAGAGUACAAACGAGAGACGCGUGCGAGAUGGUGAUAGAAGAUGUGAUGAAACCUGUGUUCAAAACGGACGGAAGGAUGAAAGUGAUAAUGGAUCUUGUGAUAUGAGCGAAAGUGAUAUUUCUAGUAUUAAGGAAAAAAGCAAAUAUGACGUAGAAUUAGAUACUUGUGAUAGUUUAAUUCCGAAACUGAGACACAAAAAGCUGAGGGAUGUCGCCAACCUGGACCAGGCGGCACCCAAAAGUAGGAAGAAACUGCCGUUCGACGAGGACGGUCUCAAGAACGAAGUGGAGAUACCGACUGCUUUGGAGCAGGCGAAGUUCCGGAAGGAUCUGGACAACGCGGCGUCGAUGGUGUUCCAUUCCAGGACGGGGCUGCCUUUGACGAGCAGCCCAGCGCCGGUAAGAAGAGGGAAGACUUGUUUCGAUUUCGAUUCUUCUAUUAAUUCUGUUUCAGCUAUCAAAAGCGCCUUAUUUCCCACCAGUUUUUCUACAGACGAAGACAGCGAAAGCGAUGGCAGCAUUGUUUCGCCCUGCAGCCCUGAAACUAACGCAGUUCCGAAAAGGGAGCUGUCGCCUGUCAAAUUCAGGAGAAAAGGGCAUGCAGCUAAUUUGUUAGGAAGCUUCGAAGAGUCGGUAUUAAACGGCCGUCUUGAACCAGUGUCAACCGUCCAUGGCUUCACCGCUGAACUAGGGGCCAGUGGUUCUUUCGUUCCUAAACAUCUAGUUGUUCCCGUCACCGUAUUUUUUUACACUUUGGGUGAUAACGACAAAGUUUCAUCACCAUACCUGAGCCACAUAAAUCUAGGCAAAAAGGGUUACAACGUCCCCAAAUCCGGAACCAUUCAAGUCACCCUUUUCAACCCUCUGGGGACCGUUGUGAAGAUGUUUGUUAUUAUGUACGACCUCAGCGACAUGCCGCCCAAUUCCCAGACUUUCAUCAGACAGAGGACGCUUUACAUGCCCACGAACUGCAAGGAGGAGAACGCGGAAUGGGGGCCCAAGUGGUUGCGCUACCUCAUCCAUUUAAGGUUCAUCAGUUCCAAGUCGGGUAAGGUGUAUUUGCACAGCGACAUACGGAUGAUCAUUUUCCGCAAAAGUGAUAUGGACACGGCCACGGCUCAUGGGAUCGACAUGAGUUACGAAUUGAGGAGUUUCACUCAUAUGCCAGUCAAUCCUAGAUUCUCACCAAGGAAGUAACUAGAAGUCAAAUUAGAAGAAUCACGAAUUCCCAGAAAUGUAUUCAAACUACAUUAUCAUAUUUGCUGUUCGUUAUUUAGUUGUUUCGUGCAGAGUGAUGGAUAGAGGUUUCUUUGCGAAAAUUCGUUAGAAAAAAUAGCUCAGAACUGCCAUUGUUGUAAAUAUAUGUAAAUAUUGAUUUCGUUUGGAUUUUUUAAGGACAAUACUGGUAUGAAUCUUCUUUCAUUUUUGUUUUGGAAAUUUAGUAUUAGGCGUUGAUUAUUUUCUAACUGUGGAAUUGGCAAUUUUUCAAUUUUAGAGUAGCACCAGUAUCUACAUUAUAUUGACAACAUUAUGAAGUUAUAAUUAUACAAGUAUCAGAGAUAUUUAUUAUUAUACAUGAUCAUAGAAUUAUACUAAUUUUGUAUUAGUCAUUGAAAAUAAAUGUGUGAAAAAUAUAA